UCUAUAUCGUAUACGAUAUAAACGAUAGAACGUAUUGCUCUUUUCCUUUUUUCUUUAGAGUGAAAUGAAAAAUGAUCGAUGGAUCUUUUCACUUGUCGUAUCGUUCUCACCUGACGUUUCUUUCGUAUCUUGAGGAGACUUUUCAAAGAGAAAAGAAUACCUUUUCUAAGUAUGAAAAAUGUUAACUGAGAUUGAACGAGGGUUUCGAUAUCAAAGAAAUUUUAAUUUAUUAUUCCUACUCGUUUUAUAAUAUAUUCUCAAAGCGUUAGAGACAUAGACGAUGCAAUAGGGUGUAAUAGAACGUUGGGAUCGCAGUCGUAUCAAAGAGGCGUCAAAUUUGACACGUCUCUAAAUCUAUCAUUAAGCGUUACUAUAGCUUUACUAUAAUUUCCUGGCAUAAGCAUACUAGACGUUCGAAAGGUCGAUUAUGGCAAGUAAAUCGUCCAAGUACUUUUCAAUAAAGAUAGCACGGUUUCUAAUGAAAACCGUCGGUUUCUGGUAUCCUGAAACGUCUAAAGAAAAAUGGAUACUCGAUGGGAUAUUAUUUUACACGUUGAUGGCAGUAACAACGUCUUUGAUUAUAGUGUCUCUCGAUUUUUAUUACAGUUGGGGUGAUUUUUACGCGAUCACUUACACGGCGUGCAGUAUAAUGCCGGUGAUAAUAGUGUUACUUAAAAUAUCCAUAUUCAUAUUACAUCGUACAAAAAUGAUGAACUUAAUAAAGUACACACAGGAAAAUUUUUGGUAUAGGAAAUACGACAAUUUUGGUGAAAAGAUAUUAAACGAUAUCGACAAUAAAGGAAUACUUUUGAUGUGUUCCUUUACGUUCUUUGUUCAAGGAACAGCUAUUACUUAUACGCUGACACCUAUAAUAGAAAAUUUAGGUAAAAAUGAUAGCGAUAGGAUUCUACCUUUCAAGAUAUGGAUCGACAUACCUUACUCAACGAGUCCUUAUUUCGAGAUGUUAUUUAUGAUGGAGACUCUCGCCCUGAUACACACGGCCGUUUGUUUUGCCUGUUUCGAUAAUUUUUUAUGCCUCUUAAGCAUGCACGCCGCCGGCCAAUUCAAAAUACUUCAGCACAAGCUCGAGAUGAUUUUUGACUGGGACGUCAAGGUUUCGUUAGAAACGAUCAUUUCUGUGAAUAAGAAGAGAUUAAAUGAUUGCAUUAAGAGGCACAAUGAAUUGAUUAAUUACGUCGAUAAAUUGGAGAAUAUAUUUACUCACACGAUGAUGUGCCAAUUGUUAAUAUCAAGCAUAAUGCUUUGCGUUGCCGGAUUUCAAAUGUUCUUGUCGCAAGGAACAUUGAUAAGAAGAAUGAUAUUUAUCGCUCACACAAACGGCUGCUUUUUUCAACUUUUUGCAAUAACUUUGACUGCAAACGAGAUAUUAAUUGCCAGUCAAGGAGUGAGCGAGGGCGCGUAUGCCGCAAAUUGGCCCUUUCUGCCAUUAGAAAUUUUCGACAACAUGGGUACAAGCCUCCUAAUGAUUAUGAUCCGAGCCCAGAAACCAUGUUGCAUAACAGCCGGUGGAUUUUUUCCUGUUUCGCUCGAAACAUGUAUGGCGGUUUUGAAGACAGCAGCCUCUUACUUUACGUUAUUGAGAAAUAUCGAUGACGAAAAAAACGAUCUAAGUUCUUCAGUAUUCGCGUCAGACAGAACGAUGAACAAAAAGAAAUUUUUCUCGGUUAACGUCGCGAGAUUUUUAAUGAAACUCAUUGGUUUCUGGUCGACGGAUACGGUUAACGAGCAACGUUUAUUGAAUUUACUUUUAAGUUAUACCAUUAUUGCAGUUGCUAUAGCUUUGUGGAUCGAGGCGUAUGAUUUUUAUGUCAGCCUUGCUGAAUUCUACGCACUCACAUAUACCGCUUGCAGUGCAAUGCCGGUGGCAGUAAUUCUAAUGAAAUUAAUCAUAUUUUUACCUAAUCGAAAAGACAUCGUUAAAUUAAUUCGAUAUACCGAGGAAUGUUUUUGGUUUAAAGAGUAUGACGAGUUCGGUAAAAAGAUAUUGGACGAAGUUAAUAAAAAGGGAUCGAUUUUGAUCUGUUGCUUUACGUUUUGCGUACAGAGCACCAUAUAUGCUUACAUGCUCAUCCCUCUAAUAGAAAAUAUAGGAAAAAAUGAGAGCGACAGAAUCCUUCCAUUCGACGUUUGGUUAGGCGGAGUAGACAUACAUUUGUCGCCAUAUUUCGAAUGGGCAUUUACAAUGCAGAUUAUCGCAUUGAUACAUUCAGGACUUUGUUUCUGUUGUUUCGAUAUCUUUCUAUGCCUGUUGAAUCUAACGGUGGCUGGACAAUUCAAGAUUCUCCAACAUCGUUUGGAAAUUUUAUUCGAUAAUAGUAUAUCGUAUACCAAGAAUAACGAAUAUGUUAUCCAAGAGGAAGACGCUCCUGAAACUUUUCAAGAAUUCAAAAGAUGCGUCGAACAUCAUCGUCUGCUUAUCGAUUAUGUAGACGAAUUGGAAAGGAUAUUCGCGAUGGCUACUUUGUGCCAAUUGUUGAUGUCCAGCGUUAUGUUGUGCGUUGUCGGAUUUCAAGUUUUUGUGUCCCGUGGUAUUGCAACACGUCAAUUUCUAUUCGUCUCACACACUUACGGUUGUAUCUUUCAAUUAUUCGUCAUAACGUCCGCCGCUAAUGAGGUAAUCGUCGAAAGUCAUGCCGUGGGUGACGCAGCUUACAAUGCUAAUUGGCAAACAAUAUCUUACGAGCCUUACAAGAAGAUUAAAAUGGGAAUUAUGAUGAUCAUGGCAAGAGCUGAUCGACCUUGUUACAUUACAGCCGGUGGCUUCUUUCCUGUGUCUCUUCAAACGUUUAUGGGGGUAUUAAGUACUGCUACAUCGUACUUCACGUUAUUACGUAAAUUUGACGAAGACGAAGAAGGAUCGAUAAAUGAUAUUUAAUUAUGACUUCCCAUAAUCUGUAUUCAAUAAU